AUGGAAGAAGCUGUCACCAAGAAGUUUGUGCAUGAAGAUAGCAGUCAUAUCAUUGCCCUGUGCGGUAUGGUAGAAAUUUGCCUUCUCCACAUGCUCAAGCGUCGGGCAUCCGGCUUCUUGCGGACAGACAAGAUCGCUGCGCUUUUCACCAAGGUUGGCAAGACCUAUGACGUGGCCAGUGACAUAUGCAGGAAAGUGCAGGAGUUGUUGCAACAGGCUGAAGGCAGAUCACCUGUAAGCAACGGGGAGAAUGUAGGCAGGUGGUUCGCCUUUCCGACUGUGUUUCCAUCUCUGUUCAGGUCACUAGUUUAUAUUAAAAAAUACCAGCCAGCUGGCCAAGAAUCCCUUAAGCGGCAAGCUUCAACCACAAACAAGCCCUCUUCUUUGUCCCCACAAGCCAUCAAGCACAUUUGGGUGCGCACCGCCCUGAUCGAGAGAGUGCUUGAUAAAAUUGUGCAGUACCUUGUGGAUAACAAUAGCAAAUAUUAUGAGAAAGAGGCAUUAUUGGCCGAUCCAGUAUGUGGACCCAUCUUGGCCUGUCUUCUAGUUGGGCCUUGUGCCCUGGAUUACACCAAGCUGAAAACGGCUGACCACUUCUGGACAGACCCCUCAGCAGAUGAGUUGGUCCAGAGGCAUCGGAUUCAUGGAACCCACAGUCGCCAAGACUCUCCUUCUAAACGGCCAGCCCUAGGAAUCAGGAAGCGUCACUCAAGUGGAAGCACGUCGGAAGACCGCUUUGCAGCUUCGGCCAGGGAUUAUGUGGAGUCGUUGCAUCAGAACUCACGGACACAUUUAUUGUAUGGGAAGAACAAUGUGCUGGUUCAGCCGAAAGAUGACAUGGAGGCCAUUCCAGGAUAUCUAUCUCUUCAUCAGUCUUCUGAUUCUUUAACUCUGAAAUGGACACCAAAUCAGCUCAUGAACGGGAACCUGGGCGAUUCGGAACUGGAGAAAAGCAUCUACUGGGACUAUGCCUUGAUAGUACCGUUCAGCCAAAUUGUCUGCAUCCAUUGCCAUCAACAACCUGACCAAGGUGGGACUUUGGUGCUGGUGAGUCAGGAUGGUAUCCAGAGGCCCCCACUCCAUUUUCCACCUGGUGGACAUCUCCUGGCCUUCCUAUCUUGCCUUGAGAAUGGCCUCCUGCCCCGUGGACAGCUGGAGCCCCCAUUGUGGUCCCAACAGGGAAAGGGCAAAGUUUUUCCAAAGCUCCGGAAACGGAACAGCCACAGCCGGUCGAUGGACAUGGAGGAACUGCCGUCAGUCAUGGAGACAGCUACAGAUUAUGUCUUCAGGAUUAUUUACCCAGGCCACAGACACGAGAACAUAACUAUUAACUACCACCACUUAGCUGCCAGCCGCUCUGCCUCCGUUGAUGAUGACGAGGAGGAGGAAGACAAGCUGCACGCAAUGCUAUCCAUGAUCUGCAAUCGGAACCUCACAGAUUCUAAAAGGAUGAAAGAUAUUAAUGACAUCACUGAGAUGCAAGGAUAUGGUGCCGGCUUCUUUUCAUGGCAACUGGACCACUACAGGCAAGGUUCCUUAUGUCUCUCAUGCUCCACGGGUGGCUCUCCAUACAACCUGCCCAGCUGCUGCACUUGUAUCCAUGACAGGACCCCUCUAAAACUGUUGUGUGAAAGUAUGAAGAGGCAGAUUGUUUCCAGAGCCUUCUAUGGAUGGCUCGCUUACUGCCGUCACCUGUCCACUGUCCGGACUCACUUGUCUGCCUUGGUGAACCAUUCCAUCAUCCCACCAGAUAAACCCACAAGUGCUGCAGAGGGACUGACCAAAGAGGUCUGGAGCAAGUACCAGAAGGAUAAGAAGAAUUACAAGGAAUUGGAGCUGCUCAGACGGGUCUACUACGGUGGGGUGCAACAUGAAAUUCGGAAGGAGGUGUGGCCGUUCUUGCUGGGACACUACAAGUUUGGCAUGAGCAAGAAGGAAAUGGAACUGGUGGACGAGGACAUUGUACGCCGGUACCAGAAGGUGAUGAGUGAGUGGAAAGCCUGCGAGGUGGUGGUGAAGCUUCGGGAGAAAGAAUCUCAGACGGCCACUAAGUUUUCCUCCGGGAGCAGCAUAGAUAGUCACGUGCAAAGGCUGAUCCACAGGGACUCCACCAUCAGCAAUGAUGUGUUUAUUUCUGUGGAUGAAAUGGACUCCGUAGAGAGAGAGCUGAAGGCCCACGAAGAACGGUCUUUAACCAGGGCUUGCCUAGAUGCACCAACAGUAGUGGUGGCAGUUGACCAACAACAGUCAGUAGAAUUUGACUCUCCUGACUCUGGGCUCCCUUCUUCUCGGAAUUACUCAGUCACAUCAGGCAUCCUCUCCAGCAUCGAUGAUGGGCAGAGCAUCUGCUUUGAGGAUGGGACCGAAGAGGAAACUGGCCCGGAGCUGCAGAAACCGGAUUUGGAUCAUGUUUCACCAAUCAAGGGCUUGGCUCCUUCGGGCUGUGCAAUGGAGGAACAGCUGUGUUCCCAAACGGACUCUAAAACAGCUGCAGAAGAGACCAUCUCUGUGUGCUCUGCUGCUUAUACGAUAGAAAUGCUGGACACUGUUGCCUUAAACUUACAUAGAAUUGACAAAGAUGUUCAGAGGUGUGAUAGAAAUUAUUGGUAUUUCACUGCUGAGAAUCUGGAGAAGCUUCGAAAUAUUAUGUGCAG